GGGUGUCUGCAAGUCUCCGCCCUCAGCAGUCCGAGUACAUGGCGACUGCGGCAAAGAACAAACGAGAAGACGCAGGGCAAGAGGAGCAGCUGAGCGGAGCCGAGCCUGGUGACCGGUGCCUGUCCUCCCUCCAUAUGAUACAUAUGAGAGCGGGCUUGUGAGAAUAAGAUGGAUAGCAGCUUUGAUUGUGAUUGUGGUGAGCUGGAGCCACCUGAUCAUUAACAGAAGAAGUCCUGUAUAAGUAGAAGUCCGCCACGUUUUCCUCUUCGGAUGCACUGUAUAGAAAACAUUAAAGAAAAUUUCUAGUGCUGCCAGCACCACAGAAUGCCGCUGCUCAGGACCAGUUCUACACUGAAUGUAUCUGCACUGUGAGGAGGAUGUUCAGAGAGGCCUACUUCUUGCGUAUUUAUUCACAUUUAUGUUCCAUGUUCACUUGGUUUGCACAGUAGAAGCGUGCGCGUAGUAUGUCAUUUCAUUCCGUUUCACUUCCAGUGAGUGUUUUGGUCGGUGUUUGCCAGAAUGCUGCAUCUUCUGUGAACUAUGAAUACUGUCAUUUUUCUACAGUCAAAACUGAGCUUUAACGUUACUGCUUGCGGGAUCCACCAGGCCUGGCAGGCUGAUAUGAUUUGAAAAUUGGAGCGAACCAUUCUAAAGAAGAGUCUUUUGUAAAGUGUAUGAAACCUUUUCUUUAGAAGCUAGCUGCGGUUUGUCGUCAAGUAUUUAGGAAGAGUGAAAAUUUCUGGAGGAAGGAGGUGAAGUAGCCAAAAUGGCCGAAAAGUUUGACAGUCUCAUGAACAUUCAUGGGUUUGAUUUGGGCUCUCGUUACAUGGACUUAAAACCGCUUGGCUAUGGUGGCAAUGGCUUAGUUUUUUCUGCUGUUGACAAUGACUGUGAUAAGCGAGUGGCUGUGAAGAAAAUUGUCCUGACAGAUCCUCAGAGUGUCAAACAUGCUCUGCGGGAGAUCAAAAUUAUCCGGAGACUGGAUCACGAAAACAUUGUUAAACUAUACGAAAUCCUCGGCCCCAACGGAGAGCUUUUAACCGAUGACGUGAGCUCCCUAACCGAGCUGAACUCUGUUUACAUUGUUCAGGAGAACAUGGAGACCGAUCUAGCCAAGCUCCUCGAGCAAGGCCUUCUACGUGAAGAGCACGCCCGGCUCUUCAUGUACCAGCUGUUACGUGGGCUUAAGUACAUCCACUCUGCUAACGUGCUUCACAGAGAUCUCAAGCCAGCAAACCUGUUCAUAAACACUGAAGAUUUGGUCGUAAGGAUUGGAGAUUUUGGUCUUGCACGUAUUAUGGAUCCCCAUUACUCUCAUAAGGGACAUCUUUCUGAAGGUCUUGUCACAAAGUGGUACAGAUCUCCUCGCCUGUUGCUUUCACCCAACAAUUACACUAAGGCUAUUGACAUGUGGGCGGCUGGAUGCAUUUUUGCUGAGAUGCUGACUGGAAAGACCCUGUUUGCAGGUGCUCAUGAACUUGAGCAGAUGCAGCUGAUCCUAGAAUCAAUACCUGUUGUACACGAGGAAGAUAAACAAGAGCUUCUCAAUGUCAUCCCAGUCUAUAUAAAAAAAGAUAUGACGGUGCCACAUACUCCUUUGACACAGCUGCUUCCAGACAUCAGCCCUGAAGCUCUGGAUUUCCUGGAGCAAAUUCUGACAUUUAGUCCUAUGGAUAGGCUAACAGCAGAAGAAGCUUUGUCUCACCCAUACAUGAGCAUCUAUUCAUUUCCGUUGGAUGAGCCAAUUUCCAGCCAUCCUUUUCAUAUUGAAGAUGAAGUAGAUGAUAUGUUAUUGAUGGAGGACAACCACAGCCAUGUUUAUAAUUGUGAAAGAUAUCACGAUAGUCAGUAUUCAGACCAUGAUUGGCCUAUACACAAUAAUUUCGAAGCUGAUGAAGUCCAGCGUGAUCCAAGAGCUCUCUCUGAUGGGAGUGAUGAGGAAGAGGUGCAGGUUGAUCCUCGCAAAUAUCUGGACGGAGAUCGAGAAAAGUAUUUGGAAGAUCCAGCUUUUGACCCAUACUUUUCUGCCGAGCCCUCUUGGCAAUAUUCAGAUUACCAUGAAAACAAAUAUUGUGAUCUUGAGUGUAGUAAUAAUUGUAACUUUAAAAUGAGGUCCUCAUCUUAUCUAGAUAAUCUUGUUUGGAGGGAGACUGAAGUCAAUCAUUAUUAUGAGCCAAAACUUAUUAUAGAUCUGUCUAACUGGAAAGAGCAAAGUAAGGAGAGGUCUGAUAAGAGGGGCAAAUCAAAAUGUGAAAGAAAUGGUCUGGUGAAAGCCCAGAUAGCUCUUCAGGAAGCAUCACAGCAGCUAGUUGAUAAAGAAAAGGAGAAACGUAGAGAGUUUGACUUUGAUUCAUUUAUUGCAGGUACCAUUGAGCUCAGUUUGCAGCAUGAUUCUUCCAGUGUUGAUAAACUCAACGACUUGAAUAGCUCAGUCACACAGCUUGAAUACAAAUCCUUAAUAUCAAAGUCUGUAAGUCGUGAAAAACAGGAGAAAGGAAUGGCCAACUUGGCACAGUUGGGUGCCCUAAACCAAAAUUCUUGGGACAGUCCCAUCAUAAGUGAUGAAGACUGUUUCCAUAUAGACCAAUUUUGCUGUGAAGUAAGAAAAGAUGACCAUGUCGAAAAGGAAAAUGCUUAUACAGGUUACUUAGAUAAUUUAUUUGGUAGGAAAGAGGAGGCAGACCUGUUAGAUCUUGAGCCACCAGAAGACGAAAAGGUUGGGAGUAAAGAAAACGAUGAGGGCAUCUUAACUUUUAGUGGAGAGGUCAUUCUUAGCAAACAGCUGGAUUGUAUUGGUAUCCCCCAAUUUCAGAAUCCUCUUGGCUCGCCCCUUAAAUCAAUACAAGCCACGUUAACACCUUCUAUCAUGAAAUCGUCCCCACAAAUUCCUCGCAAAACUUACAGCAGCAUUCUGAAACAUCUAAACUAAAACACUCACAUUUCUUUACAUAUCAACUAUCCCGUGUGUUUUAUUUUUUUAUUUCUACAUAGCAUUUUUUUCUUACUUGAAUUGUAUUUUUAGUAUGUAUUUAAUACUUAGUUUUGUUUACCAUUGUUUUUACGAUCUAGAAUUACUUUCUACAUUUUAAACUGGCAUGACAUUUGCACACAAGGAAACAAAACAGCAAAAUAAUGCAACAUAGGUGGAGACCGAAAAAAAAAAAAAUGCACUAAA